GUCGGCCAUUGCAAGGUGGAUGAAGAAGUGCAGAAAUGUGCGACUGAGAGUGCAGGCAUUAAUAACCUGUCUGUGGCUUUGUGCUUUCAAACUGUUUAAUCGUCUUCUUGUCUAAAGUCCAUUACCCCUUUCCCCCUUCCACCACCACCCCGAAAAAAAAGGGGGAAGAAAACAGCAUGGCGACCUGCCAAAUGUAAAGUACAAACGUAAGAGGAAAAAAUAAACUGCGGUGUCUUCCAACACAUGUGACGUAGGCGUUAUGGUCGACCUCUGACCCACUUCGCUAGCUGAACUAGCCGCUCUGUACAGCCACCAUGGCAGAAAUGUGUACUCCAGGUACUUGAGAAAGGGGUACACGAUAGGGAGUGGUUCGUGGCGGGCGUAUCACAACAAUCGCAACUUUCUGUCGUCGUUUCAUCGAUUUCAUCGAUUUUCUGUGUUAUCGGACCUGAAGGCUGGAAGGUGUUGACGUUUCACUUCUGACAAACUGUGACCCGAGGACUCUCGACUUGCAAGCUGAUGGAAUGCUUGGUCACUGUGGGUAGCUAAUCACAUAUUGGGGACAUUGUCACCUGUGCUGUGUGAUCUGAUCCUUCGCCGAUCGUUGUCGGGUACCUGUGACGAAGCCCUGGACCUAACCCCACGUGGUAGCUGCACUCGUGGCAAACAUGUCUGGCCGCGACAGAAUCCCUCGCAUCAACAGCGUGCAGGACCUGUCCAUGAUCUCCGAUCUGGACACGGCUUUGGAUGUCAUGGACCAGCUCGAGAUCAACAUGGACGGCGUCAACGACCUUGACGAUGCCUUGUCCCGAAUCCGCGGCAACUUCAACAAAAGUCAAGUAAUAGAAAUGUACAUCAAGCAGGACCGGGACAUGAAGGAGGUGGUGAAUGCUGACCGCAGCAACAGGGAGCAGAUGAUCAAGAUGUUCAACGAGGCCUCCAACUACCUGAACAAGCUGCCCCCUCACUUCCGGCAGGACCUCGAGCACAUGUUCCCCACUUACCUGGAAUGGGUGAAGAAGAUAGAGAGCGAGCUACAGAAAAGUGACUGCACCAUCCUUUUCGCAGGUGAAACGGGGGCCGGAAAAAGCACCCUCAUCAACUUAGUCGUCGGCUGCCAGAUCCUGCCAACGGACAUCAUCAACGGCACCAAGACGAUCUGCGAACUGCGCCAUUCCGAGACGGAGAGAAAGGCGAUCUUUCACUACUGCGAUGGGAGAAAAUCCUCCAUGCUGGUGUGUCGCACAGAGCAGGAGGUCAGCCGCUUCCUGGCCGAGCUGACCAAUCACGUGACCAUGGUGGACCAGCAAACGGACGAAAGCCCGUAUGAGAAGAUCGAGAUUUACUGGCCGCUUCCCAUUCUGGGCUCUGGGGUCGUGAUGGUGGACAGUCCUGGGGUCGGGGACAGCAGGAAGUUGUCCAAACAACUGGAGUCCUACAUGUCACGUGCCUUUGGCUUCAUCUACGUCAUCAACUCCAGCAACGCAGGCGGCAUACACCGGGACAGACUAGGUCAGCUGCUGCGCCAGGCGGUGGAGCGCAGCGAGUUCGGAUUCGACCCUUCCACCGCGCUCUUCGUGUGCAACUGGUGGGACCAGGUGCCUCCUGCCGAGCAGGAGAAGGUUCUGGGGGUGACACUCGGCCGCCUGUCACAGGUGUGGCCAGGUGUGAGACGCUCACAGGUCUUCCCCAUCUCCUCCAUCAGGGCCCUCAAGGCGGUGGAGUCGAGACACAUUCUACCUGAAUACAAAGAACUAGUGGCCGGUAUUCGCUUGAUGCUACCUCGCACUUUAAAUUCGAAGCUGUGUACCUAUUACAGAUGGUUGUCGGGGGUGUUGAAGAGGUCGCUGUACUCGUUAAAGAUCUCCAUCAACAUUGGGCGGAAGCAGAUGGCUGACAAGGAGACGAUGAGCCAGAACGUGCGCAGCCAGAUGGAAGCUCUGGACCGUCAGUCCGAAGACAGCUUGCAUGACAUGAGGGACAACCUCCGCCGAGAGGUGGACGCCACCACCAGGAAGCUGGUGGCCUUUUUGAAGUCUGAGGAUUGCAUGGCCCAGCUGCGGUACUGGACUCCCACUGACUGCCCUCCUCCCGACACCAGAAACGUAAAGAAUGUUGUCAAGGAGGCGGCGUCGAAAUUCGCCGAACGUCUGACACUACUCGUCGACGACUGGGAGUACAACAACAACCAGGUGUCGAGAAUCAAAUCCAGCAUCAUCAAGUCCUUCCAACGCCGACUAGAACUCUUUGAGGACCAGCUAAAAAAAAUCGAAAGUGUACUGUUUGAUGGUGUCGAGGGAACUGCCGUAAUAACGGAUUUUCACAGCUCCAUGAGGCAUCAAAUGCCUGUGAAAAACGUCUGGCAGAAGGCGAGGAAGGAGAAAGUGAGCAAACCUGGGGAAUCAGGCUUCUUGAGUCUUGGCAACGCCAUCAGUGGGUGUCGAACCCUUGACCUUAAGGCCAAGCAGCUUCAGAGCAUCUUCAAACACUACAGCAGCCGCGACCCUCGGGUCAUGGCGGAAGCCUGCAUGUACUUCCUGCAGACCAUCAAGGAGGAGGACCUCGCCUACGCCAUCAAGAAGUUCUUUGAGAGAGUGGCCAAGCGGUUCGACGCUGCCAGCAAGCUGCUGCCAGAGUUCCUGAAGGCCGAUCGGAGCCUCCUUCAGACCUUGCAGGGCGAGGUGAAGGACGAGCAGCAGAUGUUGCGGGAUGUGUACCCCAACCUGGUGUCGUCAUGCCUCGCGCUGCAGGGUCAGCUGGACAUGUUCUUCGUCAGACGCCUCAUGCUCUUUGACUUCCACAUGAGUGAACUGAGGUACGACGCAAGCAAGCCCAUAGGCCGAGGGACAUUCGCAGACGUGUACACCAGCUCCAUCGCUACACAAGAAGGGAACCUAACCGUGGCCCUAAAGAUCCAACGGGAGAAGCUGACCUCAAAGAACGUCAGUGACGUCCUGCUGGAGGACAGGACUCUCAGGGACCUGAAGCACAAGCACAUCAUCCACUACUACGGGGCGGCCAAAGAACAGCACGGGGCGGACCUACGGUGGGUGAUGGUCCUGGAGGCUUGUAAACGGACCAUCAAGCAGCGCUUCAUGAACGACUCGGACGCCCGCGUGCCGGGCCGCGUGGAGAUUGCCUCCCUGCGCGUGGACGCCAUGCGGGAAGUGGCGCACUUUGCCCUGCAGAUCUGCAGCGCCCUCUCUUACCUUCAUGACCGCAACAUUGUGCAUCGGGACCUCAAGUCCGAUAACAUUCUGCUCACCGACAAGGAUGUGGUGAAGUUAACAGACGUGGGGCUCGCCAAGCAAGCCAGAGAUAUUGCUGGCACCCUUGCUGGCACACCCGUGUAUAUGGCACCCGAAAUUCUGCUUCAGCAAGGCCAAUACGACAUGCGAGCCGACAUAUACAGUCUGGCUGUCAUCUUGUGGGAGUUGUGGUAUGGCGAGGAUUCCGCCGAUCACAUCAGUACUCAUUUGUUUGGUCGCUUGGAGGACGCCAUCAAAAACGGUCUGCGCCCCUCAGUCACCAUGAGUCAAAAGCCACCGGAUGAUUGGAUAAAACUUCUACAGUCAGGAUGGGAGUAUGAAGCGGCAAGGCGGCCAAGUGUCAAAGAAGUAGCAGAAUUUUUUGAGCGAUUUCUCAGAGAUAACCCAAGCUAACAUUGUCACCCACAACCUUAGACACUGAGAAUCCCAAUCCAAGGGAGACGACCAUAUUAUUUCCCCCCCCCCACUAUCACUAGACUUGUAUCUAGCUUUGUUCCAUGCUACAAGACUUUGUUAAGAAUAACUUAGCGCACUGGGACUGGCUUCAUAACUAGCUUUCGGCUUCGUACACGACACUUCAGUCUGCUACAUAUCUAGGAAAUGGUUGUGGACAGUGUCAUCGUCGGCAUGGGUCACUCUAGCGCUUCUUGCAAGUAUUAUGCUUCUACUAUCACAAUCAAACUUGUAAUAAAUGUUUCAUGAUUACUCCUAUAUUCUCUUUUAAGUACAAAGGUCAGUGGCCACAAAUUUCAGCAGGGACGCUGAAAGUAAAUAAUAUUCAGGUGUUUACAUUUCAGUAUACUGAACACACAAAAUAUGGCCGAUUAGAAACUUGACACUGGAGUAGUUUGAACUGUGUUAUGGCAAAUAUGUGUAUACCUACUGGAAAUGUUUACAUAAAUCACGCCUGAUAAGAUAUAAUUUUGUUUAUUUGUGUGUAAUCGUCUCUAUAUUGUGAUCGUAUAAUGUUUUCAUAUUUUUCAAUCCAUAUGUGAGCCUGUUAAUGAAAUAUGUUCAACGUGAUAGUUUUUGGAAUGCACAGAAGAAGAGAUCAUUAAAGGUUAAGGGAG